AUGGUGAAUUGCAAAUUUUGUAAACGAAGGAGGAGACUUCUCAACCCUGCGAGGCAGAAGAUGGUGAAUCUCAUCAGGAAGAUGCCAAGGAAAUGGCUAAAAGAAGGGAAGGUGAGGGGGAUUGCGCUUUCUCAGGAGAAGUUUCAGUUCAUUUUCAAAAAUGAACAUGACCUCGUCGAUGUUUUGGACAGAGGAGUGCAUACAUUUGAGGAAUGGGUCAUUGUACUUGAACGUUGGGUUGAAAACCCUCCGGCGGAUUAUCUCCAAUACGUUCCCAUUUGGGUACAAAUCCGAGACAUUCCAGUAAGCUGUUACACGACAGCGGCAUUAACGGCUUUGGGUGACUUGGUGGGGAAGAAAGUGCUUGUGGCAUUUGACCCUACUAAACCUGUUACCCAAGACUUCAUUAGGGUUUUGGUAAAAUUCAAUGUUGCGAACCCGCUACGCACUUCGAAGGUCAUUGAAGUAAAAGGAAAAGAAGUGGUGAUUCGUUACAGCUAUGAAAGAGUUCAAAAGAGAUGCUUCACUUGCCAGCGUCUCAACCACGAGAAGGACCUUUGUCCUUUGUCGAUAAGGAAGAGACAAGAUGAAGCUAAGUCACGCAGAGAAAGAGUUUCUGCUGAGUUGGAGAAACAAAAGAAAAUCUUGAUUCCAGGGGAUGCUCUGUUUGGGGUUCUGGAGGAAGAGCAAGUGGGCAUUGAUCCAGCUACUGGGCGCUUGAAAAUAGCCAAUGAAAUAAUGGAUAAGAUGAGAAGGUUCCUGCUGGCUGAUACAGGAGAAUCUUAUGAGGUCAAAGUGGACAAAAUUAAGCGGUCUGUAAAGUGCAGAGAACGACUCAUCAUCUCAAUGUUUGGCUCUUUGGAUGGAGGAGGCUCCACGCUUCACUACUGA